UGAUUUGACAGUUGACACAUCUUGCUGUGACAUCUUGACUAGGUACCUAUUCACUUUUAUGAUUUUUCAUUGUUUUUAUUUGUAUUCUGAACAAAAAUUUUGAAUCACAAAUCACAAUUAAAUAAUUUAUAAAUCUAGCAAUUGCAGUAGGAUCCUAUUUACCGAGUUAUAAGUAAUUUAAAAUGUCAUUAGAAACCGUGCCAAAAGAUUUGAGAGGAUUACGUGCGUGCUUGGUUUGUUCUCUAAUAAAGACAUUUGAUCAAUUUGAAUAUGACGGCUGCGACAACUGCGAUGAAUUUCUUCGCAUGAAAAGCAAUAAGGAUAAUGUCUAUGACUGUACUAGUAACAAUUUUGAUGGAAUGAUAGCAGUUAUGAGUCCAGAAGACAGUUGGGUGUGUAAAUGGCAAAGAAUUAGUAGAUUUUGUAAAGGAGUUUAUGCAAUUUCUGUAUCUGGUCGUCUGCCUGCAGGAGUAAUUAGAGAAAUGAAGAGCCGUGGAAUUGUUUAUCGGCCAAGAGACACAAGUCAACGUUAGAAGCAUCACUUUCUUUUUUAAAUUAAAUAUAAGGUUACAUUAUUCAAA